CAGCCGAUGGAGCCCGCGGAGGGCGCCGAGGAGGAGGCUCUGGUGCGGUGCCCCGUGUGCUUGCGGGAGCUGCCGGGCGCGCACAUCAACUCGCACCUGGACCGCUGCCUGCAGGCCGGGGAGGCCGCGGCCGAGCCCCCCAGCAAGCGGCCGCGCCUCGCCGCCGCCCCGCCGGGCAGCCGGGCCGAGGGGGAGCCGGAGGAGGCCCGCCCGGAGGAGGGCCCCCCCGUCUUCUCCCUCUUCCAGAAGGGCCGCGGCGGCGGGCAGAGCCCGGGGGCCGGCGGCAGGAGGAGCGGAGCGGGGCGGGACGAGGCCGCCGUGCAGCCGGGGGAUGGAUGCUCGGCGGCGGCGGCGCUGCGCGGGGCCAGCCUGGCGCAGAAGCUGGAGGGGAAGCCCCUGGCCGAACAGCUGCGGCCGGGCUCGCUGGGGGAUUACGUGGGGCAGGAGCGGGUGCUGGGCGCGGAGACCCUGCUGCGGUCCCUGCUGGAGUCCCACGAAAUCCCCUCCCUCAUCCUCUGGGGACCGCCGGGCUGCGGCAAGACUACACUGGCACACAUCAUAGCCAACAACAGCAAAAAGAAUGGCACGAGGUUUGUGACACUGUCAGCCACAAGUGCCAAGACAAAUGAUGUUCGAGAUGUCAUCAGCCAAGCCCAGAAUGAAAGAAGACUCUUCAAGAGAAAAACUAUCCUCUUUAUUGAUGAAAUCCAUCGUUUCAAUAAAUCUCAGCAGGACACUUUCCUUCCUCACGUCGAGUGCGGGACGGUGACCCUGAUAGGAGCGACCACAGAAAACCCUUCCUUCCAGGUCAACGCUGCUCUUCUGAGCCGGUGCCGGGUGAUCGUCCUGGAGAAGCUCUCGGUGGAAGCGAUGGAGGCAAUUCUGAUGCGGGCCGUCAGGUCCUUAGGGCUUCAGGUUUUGGGCCAGGGCGACCAGCACGGCAGCUCUGCGACUGGCAGCGGCAGCGAGAGCUCGGAAUCCCCAGUGUUCAUAGAGGCCAAAGCUCUAAACACACUCGCCUACCUUUGCGAUGGUGAUGCAAGGACUGGACUGAAUGGACUCCAGCUAGCAGUUCAGGCCAGAUUAGCCGCAGGGAAGACUACUCCUUUGAAUAUUACCAAAGGUGGUUCUGCAAAUGGCAUUCUGAUAACUGAAGAGCACGUAAAGGAAGGGCUCCAGCGAUCCCACAUCCUGUAUGACCGAGCAGGAGAAGAACAUUACAAUUGCAUCUCUGCCCUGCACAAGUCUAUGAGAGGCUCAGAUGAAAAUGCUUCCCUUUACUGGCUUGCUCGAAUGCUUGAAGGUGGUGAGGAUCCACUUUAUGUGGCAAGGAGGCUGGUGAGGUUUGCAAGUGAAGAUAUAGGACUGGCAGAUCCUCUGGCUUUAACACAAGCAGUUGCUGCUUAUCAAGGCUGUCACUUUAUUGGAAUGCCAGAAUGUGAGGUGAUUCUAGCACAGUGUGUAGUGUACUUUGCCAGAGCACCAAAGUCUAUAGAGGUGUACAGGGCAUAUGGCAACGUCAAAGAAUGUCUGAGAACGCACACAGGACCUCUGCCACCUGUUCCACUGCACCUGAGAAAUGCCCCAACAAGGCUCAUGAAGAACCUGGGCUAUGGCAAAGGCUACAAAUAUAACCCCAUGUACAAGGAACCUGUAGAGCAGGACUAUCUGCCAGAAGAGUUGAAAGGAACAGACUUCUUCAAAGAACAAAGAACAUGAUGGCUGUGCUUGGAAUGGGUUUUGAUUCUAUGACUCAUACAUUUCUACUGGGAGAGAAAUUCCCCUUACAGUAUCAGCCCUCUGUUUCUGUGAUUGAAAGGAUUAAGCUAAUGAGCCUUUCAGAUACUUUUUUAUCCUUCUGGUUUUACUGCCUUUACUCUGAAGGUAUUUUGUAAAGAAUUGCAGUUAGACAAUGUAGAAAUGCAAACGUAACCUUUCACCUUAUAGUGCUGUCACCCUGUGGUUCACAUGGAGAAAAAAUGAGAGACUUGUAUUUCUGGCUCUUGCUGUGAGACAAGGAAUAUUACUGUGCUGCUUUUUGAAAUCAGUAUUGAUUUCAGAUUUUGAGAAUGUUUAUUUUCUAGAAAAAUAGUGAAUUGUACCCCUUUGCUAAAAUACUGUAAACAAAAUAUAAUUGCAGAGUAAUUUUUCCUCUUAUGAUAUUCCAGAGACAAAUUUUGUACAACAGGUAUUAAACCAAUAAAGCUGUUAAAAAUAGUGUCUUUGUUUAAAUACUCUUGUGACAGCAGUGUAGUAUUGAAAGUUUGAUAUCCCUUUAAUUUUAUUAUCCCUUCUUUCCAGACCAAGUUUAAUUCAUUUUGUAAGUUGAAUAGUCAUAAAAAUAGCCAAAUUAUGUUACUUUUCAAAGUUUUAUCACUUAAAAUUUUAAUUGUAUGAUGACAUUUUGGGAGGUGAUAAGGAGAUUCCUGUUAGUGAAACACGUUUCUCUGUUUCCAGUUGUGCAUCAAAAAUUUCAUUAGCUUUAAAUUGGAAAGCUGAGAGGUACAAAUUGACUUAGUGCGUUAUGAUGCAGAGUUUGUAUUCCUCUUCCUACUGAAAACAUAACAACAUCCAAGAUUGCUGUUGACUGAACAUUUCAGUAAUGUUGUCAUUACUGAUGUCAGCAACAUUCUUUCAUUUAAGUGCUGAUUAUUUUUCUUCUCCUUAAUCCUCCUUAGGUGUGCAGUGUGCUGAAAAGUGUGCUGCUCAUUGUGCAGCUCAGUGUAUUGAAAAGCCAACAAGGGCUGAAACCACAUAUGACUGUGCUAACUUGCAGCUUCGUAGGAGGGAAGGACUGUGUUUCGUUAGAAUUGCAUGAGAUAGUUAGCAAAGAAGAUUUUAAUUACUGAAAUGCUGAGCAGCCACUGGGGCAACUGUCCACACUUGUCAAAGUACUGUGGAGUUAACUGGCCCCCAAUGAUGAGGGUUAAAAAUUACCACCACCACCAUAGCGCUCUGUAAUUGCAGCUGGAUUUGCUUGGUAACUACUCAGGGUUUGCUUGCUACCUGCCCCGCAUACCUUUGUAUGCUGAUUACUGGUGGACUUCAAGGAUUCCUGUCUUGAUCAUGCUUAGUUUGUGAAAUGUGGUAAGGUCAAAAUUUACAGUGCUUUAUGUAUAGCUUCUGGUCUUUUGCUGGUCAGCUAUAAAUACCAUAUUCCUGCUAAAAGAUGACUUCCUUGAGAGUUGUCAGAAGUUACUAACUUAACUCUUCUCCAGAAGGACUAUGUACCAUAGUUUGGGUUUUUUUUUUAUAAUAUUACUGAAUCAUUUGGCUUUUUAUGAUGUGUUACAUUUGCUGAACAAUGACUGGUGCCUCAUUUCACUUUUACAGUGUUGCAUUUAACAGUUUUUAACAACUUCUAUUCCUCUACCCAAUUCAGUUUGUAAAUAAAUGUUUCAUUCCUUGGUGAAGGAAAGCUAGUUUGCAUUGGAGCCAUACCGAGCUUUUUGCACCUCUCUCCAGCUGUGAUACCACCCAGCCACCUGCAGAUCAGCUGCCUGGAAUAUACAAAUUGCAGGUGGGUCAGAGGUAUUUAGUGCUGUGUGGAGCUUAGAUCAGGGGGAUUGCCACAGCCACACAUCUGGAGUUCAUUCAGAGCAACUUCAGCAAACUAGGAGGUCUAUGGUCUGAGGAUACAGUGCCAAGUCCAGAAGCCAGCUUUGUUCAGCCUCCUCCUCUUAUGUUUCAAGACAGAUUACUGGCCCUAGGCCUUGAUCAAAAGUUUUCAAUAUACAACUCCAAAACUUUUUGAUUUGUAUUGGAGAUGAAUUUUGUUGUGAGACUCCCUUCAUAUGAAGUUCUGCGUGACAAAAAUGUAGGAUUUAAACCAAAGAUCGUGGUGUAACUGAAAUGUUUCAGAAAUUAAAUCUGUUGCAGGACUGUAUGCUCUUAAAGGAUUUGAGUUAGAUUCUUUUAACUUUCCUGUGUUCUCCUUACUCAAAUAAGUAUAUUUUUUUAAUACUUUGAGCAUACUCUGUUUCUAAAGACAAGCAAGUCUUUUGACAAGCUUCAUUUAUGUAAAUUUGCAUGAUAUUCUUUCACUUUGUUGUAGUUUGGGUGGAACUUUCUUGUUGCUUGAAUUAAUGGGUUAAUACUUAAAUGAGUAUUUUUAUCCUGCUGGUCCUCUGAAAGGCACACGGAGAAAUAAGGCAAGGUGUGAUCUCUUCUAGUGCUGGAGUAAAUCUAAGCAUCGUGUGCUUGCCUUCAGGGGGCAGCACAGGUUGGCAAAAGAUUCAGAGGGUUCUUCCUCCCUCAGCCUCCGGUGAAGGCAAAAAGGUCAUGCCCCUCAGUUCAGAUCCAUCAGACAGUGACGUCUAAUGGGCUAUAAAAUGUUAGCAAUAACAAGUUUAAGUUUCAAAGCUGUCGUGCCUCAUGGUCACUUUCCAAGGAAAGUAUUAUUUACCUUUUCACUUCCUCCCUAUUCUAAUUAGCAAGGUGCUAUACUGGAAAUAGAGUGGCUGCUUCCUGCUCUCUCCUUGCCAUUGAUGUGUAUCUUUAUAUUCCCUCUAAAGAGGGUCAUCUCCACUGUUUGAAGAACUCCAUGCUCGAUUAAAAAGUCCAUCAGGAUCAGAUGCACUCACAAAUGGACACUUCACCCUGCACCAUUUCCUGUCCCUCCAAAGCAGACCCAAGGCAAAACCAUCUAUUUGUUCUCAGAAUGAUGUAUGCAGUGUUCACAUAGGAUUGGCAAUGCUGCUUUCAACAAGCGGAACCCAAUCUCCUUGUGAAACUGCUUCAAAAGCAGCAUUGAUGAAAGAAUGAAAUUUAAAAAAUUAUGAAGCACAUUUUGUCAUUUUCUGGCUUUUGAGUAUCUGGGGCUUACCUUUCAAAGCUCACUGAAGGGCAAGAAUGGGCAAGAAUGGGGGUACAGUGGUGUAUUUAUUUACCUUCAGAGUGUAGAGCUUUAAGGAAAUACCAGAUAUUAUUACAGUGUCACUAGAAAACCUGGGAUGAGAUUUGGAUCCCAUCAGAUAAAAGUUGCUUCCACUACAAGAAGCACCAUCAAAGUCCACCAUACCAUGAUCUCUUUUUCUCACAUAUAAGUUGUCCCAAUAAAAAAUAAUGCAAGCCAUGAGAAAGGCUAUGCCGUAGCCUGUGUUGGGAAAUUCAGUACACAUGAAAAACAACUUGUCUUGCUGUAAGUUGUUUCUCCCAAUAGUAACAUGCCAAUGUCAAUGAUAUGGACAGCCAGACCAGAAAUAUCAAUUAAACAAUUCCCCCAAUUAGUUCCAUUGCAGGGGUUUUUUUUAAAUUAACUAAUCAAUAUUGUUUCCAUUAUUUAACUUGUUUGACUCUCACAGAGAAAAAGUUGGAUGAUGGAGCUGCUAAAGGGUUGUCCAGACUUCUAUACUAAAUAUUUAUGUGAAAUAAUUACUUGUAUUUUAGUCUUCUUGCCUUGUUUUCCAUGCACAAAGAGUUUAAGCCCUCAGUUAAUCUCUGGACUGCAUUUUCUCCCUUUUCUGUGAGUGUUUUCUCUUGUGUUGAGAGAAAUGUUCUUGGCCAAAAUGACUGUCUAUCAUUUUCCAUGAAAUGACUUAAA